AUGAAUGCUGUACAAGAGACUGUCGAGUUCGAAAGACAGAUGACACGCAAGUGGAGGGACGGAGAUGUCUACGCUCCUCACGACCUAAGUGGUGUUGAGAUGGCCAAGUGGAGCAAGGGACAACCAAAGGGCAGGCCGAAGAAGGAUGUCUUCGAUAUGCUGAAGAUCAACCCCUUGAAUCACUACUGGAACUUUUCCAUGAUGUCGGAAUUCAUGACCGAGAUGGGCAAGAUCAAGCACUCUAGGGACACAGGACUGAGGCCGGUCAACCAGAGAAAAAUGGCCAAGGCUGUCAGAAGGGCAAUUGGCCUUGGUUUGAUGCCCAGUGUGCACAGGCAUCCUGAAAUCCUGCAACCAAGAGGUGCUCUAGGCCGAUAA